AUGGAGUGGAAAAUACUUCCCAUUUAUUUGUUGCUGCUGCUGUCUGUUUUCUUGAUUCAGGAAGCUUCUUCUCAAGAUGUAUCAAGCUGUGCAGGGAGAUGUGGGGAAGGGUAUUCUAGAGAUGCCACCUGCAACUGUGAUUAUAACUGCCAAUACUUCAUGGAGUGCUGCCCUGAUUUCAAGAAAGUCUGCACCUCGGAGCUUUCCUGUAAAGGCCGCUGCUUCGAGUCCUUCGCAAGAGGAAGGGAGUGUGACUGUGAUGCAGACUGCAAGAAGUAUGGCAAGUGCUGUUCCGAUUAUGAGAAUUUCUGUGAAGAAGUGCAUAAUCCCACAUCACCACCAUCUUCAAAGACUGCACCUCCGCCUCCAGGAGCAUCUCAAACCACCAAAUCAACAGCCAAACGUUCACCCAAAUCACCAAACAAGAAGAAGACUAAGAAAGUUAUAGAAUCAGAGGAAAUAACAGAAGAACAUUCUGUUUCUGAAAAUCAAGAGUCUUCCUCCUCCUCUUCCUCUUCCUCUUCAAGUAUUCGGAAAGUCAAGUCUUCCAAAAAUUCAGCUGCUAAUAGAGAAUUAAAGAAGAAACCCAAAGUAAAAGACACUAAGAAGAAAAGAACUCCUAAAAAGAAACUUACCCCAGAACCACCAGCUGUAGAUGAAGCUGGAAGUGGACUGGACGAAGGUGAUUUCAAGCUCACCCCAACUCCUAACAUUCCUACCACCCAACGCAACAAAGUUACCAUAUCUCCCAAGAUUACAACAGUAAAACCAACAAAUCCCAAACCCAGUCUUCCACCUAAUUCUGAUACACCCAAAGAGACAUCUUCGACAGCCAAUAAGGAGACAACAGUUGAAACUACAGAGACUUCGAUAACAAAUAAACAGACUGCAACUAGCGCAAAAGAGAAGACUACUUCAGCUAAAGAGAGUGCAGAGAAAACAUCUGAUACAGAUUUUGCACCCACAUCUGAAGCUCCUACUAAAUCUACACUCCAAGCUGAAACUACAACCAAAUCCCCUGCUCUCACCACCACCAAGGAGCCCGCUCCCACCACUCCCACGGGUCCUGCUCCCACCACCACCAAGAAGCCUGCACCCACCACUCCCAAAGAGCCUGCUCCCACUACUGUCAAGGAAACUGCUCCCACCACUCCCAAAGAGCCCUCACCCACCACUACCAAGGAGCCUACACCCACCACCCCUAAGGAGCCUGUACCCACCACCCCCAAAGAGCCUGCUCCCGCUACUCUCAAGGAAACUGCUCCCACCACUCCCAAAGAGCCCUCACCCACCACUACCAAGGAGCCUACACCCACCACACCUAAGGAGCCUGCACCCACCACUCCUAAGGAGCCUGUACCCACCACCACCAAGGAGCCUGCACCCACCACCCCCAAAGAGCCUGUUCCUACUACUCUCAAGGAAACUGCUCCCACCACUCCCAAAGAGCCCUCACCCACCACUACCAAGGAGCCUACACCCACCACCCCUAAGGAGCCUGCACCCACCACUCCUAAGGAGCCUGUACCCACCACCAUCAAGGAGCCUGCACCCACCACCCCCAAAGAGCCUGUUCCUACUACUCUCAAGGAAACUGCUCCCACCACUCCCAAAGAGCCCUCACCCACCACUACCAAGGAGCCUACACCCACCACCCCUAAGGAGCCUGCACCCACCACUCCUAAGGAGCCUGUACCCACCACUCCUAAGGAGCCUGUACCCACCACCACCAAGGAGCCUGCACCCACCACCCCCAAAGAGCCUGUUCCUACCACUCUCAAGGAAACUGCUCCCACCACUCCCAAAGAGCCCUCACCCACCACUACCAAGGAGCCUGCACCCACCACCCCCAAGGAGCCCACUGCCAUCACCCCUAAGGAGCCUGCACCCACCACCUCUAAGGAGCCUGCACCCACCACCACCAAGGAGCCUAUACCCACCACCCCUAAGGAGCCUGCACCCACUACUCCUGAGGGGCCUGCACCCACCACCCCCAAGGAGCCUGCACCCACGUCCCCUAAGGAGCCUGCACCCACCACCCCCAAGGAGCCCACUGCCAUCACCCCUAAGGAGCCUGCACCCACCACCACCAAGGAACCUACACCCACCACCCCUAAGGAGUCUGCACCCACUACGCCUAAGGAGCCUGCGCCCACCACCCCGAAGGAGGCCGCACCCACGACCCCUAAGGAGCCUGAACCCACCACCCCCAAGGAACCCACACCCACUACCCCUAAGGAGCCUGCGCCCACCACCCCAAAGGAGCCUGCACCCAUGACCCCUAAGGAGCCCGCACCCACCACCCCUAGGGAGCCUGCACCUACCACCACAAAGGAACCUGCUCUUACCACUUCCAAAAAGCCUCCUCCCACCCCCAAGAAGCCUGCUCCAACUUCUCCUGAGACACCUGCUCCAACCACCUCAGAGGCCUCUACUCCAACUAUCACCAUGGAGCUUCCCACUACUCCCAAGAAUCUUGAUGAAUCAACUCCUGCGUUUCCUGCAAAACCCACACCAAAGGAUCUUGAAAAUAUUCCUCAGGAGGCUGCUGUACCUACAACCAAGGCUCCUGAAGUGACCAAACCUGAAGUGACUACAACAGCUAAAGACAAGAUAACAGGAAAAGACAUACAUACUAUACCUGAAACUACAACGGCUGUACAGAAAAUUACAACAAAAGAGACAGCAACUACAACAGAAGAAAAGACCACUGAAUCCAAAAUAACAAGUACAAUCAGGCCAGUAACAUCUACAAUUGAAGAUACCACGACAUCAUCCAAAAUUACUCCUAAAGCAACUACUCUUGCACCCAAAGUAAUGACUGCCACAAAAAAGACAACUACAACCGAAGAGAUUAUGAGUAAACUGGAAGAAACAACAGCGAUACCAAAAGAUACAGCUACUAGUUCUAAAGUGACAACUCUCAAACCUAAAAAGCCAACCAAAGCACCCAAAAAGCCCACUUCUACCAAAAAGCCAAGCAGAACACCUAAGAGAAAACCAAAGACUACACCAAUUCCCCCAAAGAUAACUACGACAACAAUGCCCAAAUCCAACCCUACCUCUUUAGCAGAAGCCAUGCUGCAAACCACCACCAGCCCUAAGCAAACUCCUAACCCAGCAAUAGUUGAAGUAAUUCCAAAGAAGGAAGAGGCAGAUGCUGCUGAAGGACAAAAACCUCCCAUGAUUCUCAGGCCCCAUGUGUUAACUCCUAUCAUUAUUCCAGGCACUGAUUUCUUAGUGAGAGGACCCAAUCAAGGCAUUGGCGUCAACCCCAUGCUUCCAGAUGAGACUAAUUUAUGCAAUGGUAAGCCAGUAGAUGGACUGACUACUUUGCGCAAUGGGACAUUAGUUGCAUUUCGAGGUCACUAUUUCUGGACGCUAAGUCCAUUCAGGCCACCAUCUCCACCUCGCAGAAUUACUGAAGUCUGGGGUAUUCCCUCCCCCAUUGAUACUGUCUUUACUAGAUGCAACUGUGAAGGAAAAACUUUCUUCUUUAAGGAUUCUCAGUACUGGCGUUUCACCAAUGAUGUAAAAGAUGCAGGGUAUCCCAAACAAAUUUCAAAAGGAUUUGGAGGACUAAAUGGAAAAAUAGUGGCAGCUCUCUCAAUAGCUACAUACAAGAACAGACCCGAAUCUGUGUAUUUUUUCAAGAGAGGUGGCAGCAUUCAGCAGUAUAUUUAUAAACAGGAACCUGUCAAAAAGUGCACUGGAAGAAGGCCUGCUAUAAAUUAUUCAGUGUAUGGAGAAACGACACAGAUUAGGAGACGUCGCUUUGAACGGGCUAUAGGACCUUCUCAAACACACACCAUCAGAAUUCACUAUUCACCUGUCAGAGUCACUUAUCAAGACAAAGGUUUCCUCCAUAAUGAAGUUGAAGUGAGUACACUCUGGAGAGGACUUCCAAAUAUGGUUACUUCAGCUAUAUCACUGCCCAACAUCAGAAAACCUGAUGGCUACGAUUACUAUGCCUUUUCUAAGGAUCAAUAUUAUAACAUCGAUGUGCCUAGCAGAACAGCAAGAGCAAUUACUACUCGUUCUGGGCAGACCUUAUCCCAAGUCUGGUACAGCUGUCCUUAG